GAAGUGGAUACUUCCAAAUAUGCCGUAUUUGUCAACGUGCAACGGUUUUUGACGUGGAUCAGGGAGGUUAUGGCAGAAGAUGCACCGGAAACGGAACGGAGACCACAGCGUAUUAGUGAAAGAGAAUGUGACAGAUUCAAAGGGCUGGUGAAGAAACGUAGAAAUGGAAUUUGUGAAAAUGCCAGGCAUCCUCACACGGUUUUUGUUUCAUAUGGAGGAAAUAAAACAGAUUUUUGCACCGGUGUUCUAGUACACGAAAGCUACGUACUCUCCACUUGUUCCACAACACGUUCCAGUAUACCCAGAAUAGUUCAGAUCGAAGGUUAUGGCGAGAUAGAUAUUGAAGAGGUAAUAUGUCAUCCGCAGUACGAUCAAAUUGAAAAAACCAACGAUUUGGCCGUCUUCAAAUUGAAGGAGCCAGUGAAACUUGCAAGCAACUUUUUGCCGGCUUGUAUGGCGAACAGCCAGACCGAGAAUCUCUACGACGCACUCGUCCAAACUGCGUACAUGUGGUACAAAGUCAACGAAACAACGGGUCAGGCAAAGUUUUACGAAUCCGACGAAAAUCAACUCAUCGGAGGCAAACGGUGCGAAGUGCUGGCGGAUGAUCCGGACGUGUUGUGCUUGAAUAAUACCGAUCCACUGCGGACCGAAACGUACGGAUCAAUUGGGUCUCCCCUGCAAUCGCUCAACCGGCGAACUUGCAUGUCCACCAUUGUCGGUGUGAUGGCCUAUUUCGUGAAGGACCCUAACGACCCUGACGGUAAACCCGUGGUCGAUGGCUACGCGAGAAUCGUGCGUCACCUGGGACUGGAUCGAGGGGGUGAUUUGGGGUGA